ACAGGCCCUUCGGCGCCUGCGUAUUCGUGAAGUGUGAGAAAAGCGCGCGACUGUUGGGACGGGAAAUCAGCCUUUCUAUUGGUCAGGGUUAGAAACCCCGCCUUUGAGGCAUUUUCAACCAAUGGAAGCGCGGCAUUCUUCAUUUAAACUGUCUAUAAAUUUCAGCUUAGUCAAAGUUAAGAGUGGCGCCAGGGAUUUGAACCUCGCUUACGAGACUUGGUGAUCCAUCUUCUGAGUAUCGCCGGGAUUUUGAAUCGCGAUGAUCAUCCCCUCCCUAGAGGAGCUGGACUCCCUCAAGUACAGUGACCUGCAGAACUUAGCCAAGAGUCUGGGUCUCCGAGCCAACCUGCGGGCAGACAAGUUGUUAAAAGCCUUGAAAGGCCACGUUAAACAUGAGGCAAGAAAAGAAAAUGAGAAUCAGGAUGAAAGUCAAACUUCUGCAUCCUCUUGUGAUGAGACUGAGAUACAGAUCAGCAACCAGGAACAAGCUGAGAGAGAGCCAACUGGCCAUGUCACCAAAACAAGGAGAAGGCGCAGGACUGUCCGUGUGGACCCUGACUCGCAGCAGAAUCAUUCAGAGAUAAAAAUAAGUAAUCCCACUGAAUUCCAGAAUCAUGAAAAGCAGGAAAACCAGGAUCUCAGAGCUACUGCAAAUGUUCCUUCUCCACCAGAUGAGCACCAAGGAGCUGAGAAUGCUGUUUCCUCAGGUAAACGUGGAAUAAAUGGUAACAAAGAUUCAAAGGUACCUUCAAAAAGAAAGAAAUCUGUCUACACGGAUGAGUCAUCCAAACCUGGAAAAAAUAAAAGAACUGCAAUCACUACUCCUACUCCAAACUUUAAGAAGCUUCAUGAAGCUCAUUUUAAGGAAAUGGAGUCCAUCGAUCAAUAUAUUGAGAGAAAAAAGAAACAUUUUGAAGAACGCAAUUCCAUGAAUGAUCUGAAGCAGCAUCCCAUCAAUAAGGGAGGGGUCAGGACUCCAGUACCUCCAAGAGGAAGACUCUCUGUGGCUUCUACUCCCAUCGGCCAACGACACUCGCAAGGCCGGUCUUGUGGCCCUGCAAGUCAGAGUACCUUGGGUCUGAAGAGGUCACUCAAGCGCUCUGCUAUCUCUGCAGCUAAAACAAGUGUCAGAUUUUCAGCUGCUACUAAAGAUAAUGAGCAUAAGCGUUCACUGACCAAGACUCCAGCCAGAAAGUCUGCACAUGUGACCGUGUCUGGGGACACCCCAAAAGUUAUUACCCCAUUCAAGCUGACAACUGAGGCAACGCAGACUCCAGUCUCCAAUAAGAAACCAGUGUUUGAUCUUAAAGCAAGUUUGUCUCGUCCCCUCAACUAUGAACCACACAAAGGAAAGCUAAAACCAUGGGGGCAAUCUAAAGAAAAUAAUUAUCUAAAUCAACAUGUCAACAGAAUUAACUUCUACAAGAAAACUUACAAACAACCCCAUCUCCAGACAAAGGAAGAGCAACGGAAGAAACGCGAGCAAGAACGAAAGGAGAAGAAAGCAAAGGUUUUGGGAAUGCGAAGGGGCCUCAUUUUGGCUGAAGAUUAAUAAUUUUUUAACAUCUUGUAAAUAUUCCUGUAUUCUGAACUUUUUUCCUUUUGUAAAUUUUUUUUUUUUAUGUCUUCCCUACUUUAGUCACGAGAUCUUUUUCUGCUAACUGUUCAUAUUCUAUGUAGUGUCCAUGUAUGUAGUGUCCGUGGGUUCUUCAUGUGCUACGAUCUCUGAAAAGACAUUAUCACCUUAAAGCUCA